ACGCAGAGCCACCUAUGCUACCGUUGUUUGCUUCCUCCGUGUUAUCUCUUCCACCACAAAACUCUCCCUGUCUUUUACGCACAAAGUUGAGCCAUGGAUAGGGAGCACCUUCUCUUGUUCCCCUUCAUGGCCCAAGGCCACCUUAUCCCUUUCUUCAACCUGGCAAAGUUGAUCGAGCAAAGAAAGCGGUUCGCCAUCACAAUUGUAAACACUCCUCUCAACAUCGCCAAGCUUCAGUCAUCUCUUCCUCCAAACUCUGCCAUCCAUCUCAUGGAGCUCCCCUUCUCCAGCUCUGAGCAUGGUCUCCCGCCAAACUCCGAGAACACCGAUUCCUUGCCUCUCCACCUCUUCACUACCUUCUUCCAAGCCACCGAGACCCUUCGGCCCGCUUUCGAGCACCUCGUCUCGAACAUAAUUCAGCAACAGGGGCACAAUCGUCUCUGCAUCGUAGCUGACAUGUUCUUCGGUUGGACGGUGGAGAGCGCGAAGAAGCUCGGAGUAUUCCACUCUGUGUUUGUCACCAGUGGAGCUUAUGCCUCUGCCAUCAUCUUCUCCCUCUGGUUGCACACGCCCCUCCUUGCUGAAUCCUAUGAUGAGGUUCCAUUGAUUGACUUCCCAGAAGUAAAAAUUCACCACUCCCAGCUUAUAAAUGCAAUCGUUUCGAGUGAUGGGAUGGACCCAACGACCGUUUUUUUGAGGCAGCAGAUAAGCCUCAGUUUCCAGUCCAGUGAGCUUCUUCUGAACACCGUCGAGGAGCUCGAGAGGGAAGGAUUGAGGCUCUUAAGGAAUAUCUCCAGACUUCCUGUUUGGUCCAUUGGACCAAUAGCGAGUACUGUUCCUUCUUCUGAUCAUAUCAGUGAUAGUUGGAUGAAAUUUCUGGAUUCCAAUCCACCUGCUUCGGUUCUCUAUGUAUCAUUUGGCUCUCAGAACGCAAUCCCAGCUUCACAAAUGAUGGAACUGGCACUGGGCUUGGAGGCAGGUGGGAAACCAUUUAUUUGGGUUAUUAGAGCCCCCCCCCGCGAGAUUGAAGAUGGAGAAGAUGAUAGAAUCGUGUGGUUACCAGAAGGAUUCGAAGAUCGAAUCACAGAGAAGAAGCAAGGAUUCCUGGUGCAUGGAUGGGCACCUCAACCAGAAAUUCUUUCGCAUCCAUCGACAGGUGCUUUUCUAAGCCACUGUGGUUGGAAUUCAGUGCUCGAGAGCUUGAGUCAAGGCGUGCCGAUCAUCGGGUGGCCGCUGUUAGGCGAUCAGCUAUUCAAUUCCAAGAUGAUGGAGGAAGAGAUGGGUGUCUGUGUGGAAAUUGCUAGAGGAAGGGGGGCUGAUGCAUUGAGAAAUGGAUGGAAAGGGGUGAAGGAGGCGAUUGAGUUGGUGAUGGGAGGGACCGAGGAAGGAAGGGAGAUGAGGAGGAAGGCAAGUAAGAUCAGAGAGAUGAUGGCAGGAGCACUGAAGGGUUCUUCCUUCAAAGCCAUGGAGAACUUCCUUGAGACAGCAUUCUCAACGACGAUGAAUGAUUUGAAGUAAGAAACGCUUCAUGUAUCUGUUGUACUUAUCUCAUAUAUUAGGAAUUUGAUGUGACCCAUUUAUAAUUUAAUUAUUAAAAAUAAUUUAAAAUAAUUGAGAUGAUAAUAAAUAAUUUAAUUUUUUGAUAUAAUGAUGAAUUUAGAUCAAAAUAAGGAUUUUACUGUGGUUAUGCUUCUUUAAUUGAAGAAAAAAAUUGUAUUAAUCUAAAAAAAUUCG